AGAUCAUACGCAAAGGGUACGCGGCGCUGCGGAAUGACGUCAGACGCACGACUGUGGGAGCAGCAACCUUCCGGAGAAAAUGGCGCUGACGAGUUUUCUGCCUGCACCAACCCAGCUGUCCCAGGACCAGCUGGAAGCUGAGGAAAAAGCUCGCUCCCAACGAAUUCGACAGACGGCAUUAGUGGCAUCGCGGAGAGAACCUCCACCAUAUGGACACAGAAAAGGAUGGGUUCCUCGCUCCUUGGAGGAUUUUGGCGAUGGAGGUGCAUUCCCAGAGGUCCACAUGGCACAAUUCCCAUUGGAAAUGGGUCGUAAGAAAAAGACGUCCAAUGCACUGGCGAUUCAAGUGGAUGCAGAGGGAAAGAUCAAAUUUGACGCUAUUGCUAGGCAGGGGCAGUCAAAAGACAAGGUGAUCUACAGCAAGUUUACAGACCUAAUUCCUAAAGAGAUCAUCAAUGAAGAUGAUCCAGAGCUGCAGAGACCUGAUGAAGAAAGUAUAAAGGAGUUGACCGAAAAGACACGCUCAGCUCUUGAAAAACAAGUUUCACAGAAGGUUGCGGCAGCUAUGCCUGUUCGGGCAGCUGAGAAACUAGCCCCUGCACAGUACAUCAGAUACACUCCUUCUCAACAAGGUGUCGCUUUCAACUCGGGGGCUAAACAGAGAGUUAUUAGGAUGGUGGAAAUGCAAAAGGACCCAAUGGAACCACCUCGAUUCAAAAUUAAUAAGAAGAUUCCUCGAGGUCCCCCAUCGCCUCCCGCACCUGUCAUGCACUCACCGAGCAGAAAGAUGACUGUAAAAGAACAGCAAGAGUGGAAGAUUCCUCCAUGCAUAUCAAAUUGGAAGAACGCAAAGGGUUACACGAUUCCGUUGGACAAGCGUCUUGCUGCCGAUGGCAGAGGACUUCAAACAGUUCACAUCAAUGAGAACUUUGCUAAGCUUGCAGAGGCUCUCUACAUUGCAGACAGAAAGGCUCGUGAAGCUGUAGAGAUGCGAGCGCAAGUUGAAAGGAAAAUGGCUCAGAAGGAGAAAGAGAAGAAGGAAGAGAAGCUCCGAGAAUUGGCUCAGAUUGCCAGGGAGAGGAGAGCUGGUAUCAAGACUCACAUAGAGAAAGAGGAAAAUGAAACCAGAGAGCGGGAUGAAAUUCGACACGAAAGAAGAAAAGAACGACAGCAUGACCGUAAUCUUGCCCGGGCAGCCCCGGAUAAGAGGUCCAAGCUGCAAAGGGAUCAGGACCGAGACAUCAGCGAAUUGAUUGCCUUGGGUGUACCAAAUCAACGUGCAUCAACUGAAAUACAGUAUGACCAAAGACUUUUUAACCAGAAUAAGGGGAUGGACAGUGGCUUCGCAGGAGGUGAGGAUGAGCUUUACAAUGUUUACGAUCAGCCCUGGAGAGCUGGCAAAGAUAUGGCCCAAAACGUGUACAGACCAACCAAGAACGCCGAUAAAGACACUUAUGGUGAUGAUUUGGACACACUUAUGAAAAAUAGUCGGUUUGUCCCCGACCGAGAAUUCUCUGGCACAGACCGCAGGCAGCGUCGUGAAGGCCCUGUUCAAUUCGAGAGAGAUGAAGAAGAUCCCUUUGGUCUGGACAAGUUCUUAGAGGAAGCCAAGCAACACGGUGGUUCAAAGAGGCCUGAAAGUGGCCGUUCAAAAGAAUAUGAGCAUGAGGGAAAGAAGCGACGAAAGGAAUAGAUGGACCGUUUAUAUAGUAUAACCUAGUGUUUAUAGCUAAAAUCUAACUCAAACUAGUAUCCUUUGGUUUGUUUCUGCACGGACACACUGAAUAUCAUGAUAGAGCACAUCUUGGAAACUGUUAGAACUCCCAUUAGGGGACUCUAUCUACAGAGAGGCUUCUGUAAAGUUAAAUUCAGUCUGGCCACUUUUUUCUAAUUAAAAUUAGAGUAAGCACUCUGGGUCUGUAAAGCAAAACUGUUUUUAAAUAAUAUAUAAAAGCAAGAAGUCACAGAAGUGUUUAAAUCGCCAUCUUUAAUUUAAUUAGGACAAAACACCUUUAACUGCAUCCUCCACACGCAGUGUCAACUUGCUGAUUCGGUGACUUUAUUAUUUUGGUCUGUGCCCUUGAAACAAUUUUGUUUCUCUGAACUUGAAGCUGUAAAGAGAAUAAAUUUUUAAUGAGUUAUCCAAUUUCAACUUCUGCUUUAAUGUAAUACCAACGUUAUCCCUAUGGAAUGUGUUGCUGUAAAUUGUACCAUUAAAAUUCAACUAAAUGUGGCCAGUUAGUUGAAGUUUAAAUUACCUCCUUUGAAUGCUAACCAGAUGGUUGGGUAGCAGACAGCACUCAACUGUUGAUAAAAUUGGCCUUUGUAUCAUAGGUUGCUGGCCACUGUUUGGUAAUGCACUUCUGUUCACUUUUAAAAUAAAACAAAAAAACUUUCCUGUG